AUGCCAGACACUGCUGCCUCUCGCAAGUUCAUUGAUCUCAUUCUCCAGACGUCAUCCAAGUGGGCUAAUUGGGACCCGCCGAUCGAGAUCAAGGUGGGGCACUUUGGGACUAUCGAUAGGACAUCUGGAGAGCUUGAAGUGGAAGGGAAUAUCUAUGAUGCAGCGUUCCAAGAGUCAUUGAACCAGCAAGGCUUGAAGAUCGACUUGUCCGAUCCAUCGUUCCAGCCUAUAAAGGGCGCAAUCGAGGAAGACAUAAUCAUGUGCUCGACUGGUGUCAAAAAGGGAGACUUUUCGCUCAAGCCAGAAGUCUCCUUACUCAACUUGGCUUCUGCCUCCGUCAAGGCCGAGUUCCAGUUCCAGGACGGCAAACGAGGUGCCGUCCUGGUGAUGCACAAGCCCCAGCAGCAAUAUAUUCCUCAGGGCAGGCUUCUGGGUAUCGUCCAUAAGGCAAACGAGCUGAAGGAUAAAUAUAUCGUCAACAGCACUUUUACGUGUCCCGGGUAUUAUCUCUACUUGUCUAACAAGUCUGGAGAAAGGGUAGCGCUAGCGCUUACCGCUAAUGCACUUCCAGCUGCAAUAGGCGUCACUGCUGGCGGGGGAGCUUCUGUGGACUGGUGGACAAAUGUUCAAGCAGCGUUCCUCCGAAAAGCGUUUGACAAGGCUGGACAGUAUCGCUACACGCCACUCUACAGCCUCAAGCGCAGGCAGAAUUGGUUCCAACGAGCUUUCCGCGGGGAAGAGGAACACAUGACAGAAGAUGAUCUGUGGCCUAACUGCCCAGCACCAUGGGACCCUCUUGAUGAGGACGGAAAUGAGGAUUCUGUGUAUGAGGAAACCGAUGAGGACUUAUUCGCCCGCCAAUCUGCGGUGGAGGGCAGUUUGCCAUUCACGUCAUCUGUAGCAAGUGAGGCUACAUAGUAUGUGUAGCCACUUCUGCAUUCAAUCAGAUUGCUUUUGUCCGCUUGUCGAGUUUGUCCUUCGAUUUCUAGAUUUACAAUCAUUCCAUGGCUGUGUACGUAUCUCCACAAUCUCUAUAUAUCUCUAUGGAUUGUAUACUAUCAUUCGAUGGGAAAUGCACAAUUUUCACUUAUUGCUGAAUAGCAACACAACAACAACACAUAUUCGUAUCGGAUCUACUGUAGUGUAUACCUUGUGUCUCUGCGCAUUAGGCCCAACAAUAUUUUAUUUUAUUUUGUUGCGAG